UUAAAGUUUAAUCAGGGGCCCCAGUGUUUUUCAAGAGUGAACUGUAUUUUCCACACCCGGCGGGGAAUCCGGGUACCCGGCGGCCGACUUAAGUUGUACGCGCAUUUUCGACCGCGCCGGCCGGAGGCGCCCCACCCCGGCCUCGUUCCAGGGUCCGCUGUGCGGACUGUUUUGGGAGGAAAAAGACGCGCACUCGACGUAAAUAAAACUCCCCUGUCUGUCCGCACGCAGCGGUCGCCGCUGGUGGCGUGGGGGGGUAUUCCUUCCCGGUUACUUUUGUUGGACUGACAGUGAGGGAUUCAUUGGAUUAUUUCAAGAUGAGCUUUCUAUUGCCCAAGCUGACUAGCAAAAAAGAAGUCGACGAGGCAAUAAAGAGCACUGCAGAGAAGGUGUUGGUUCUCAGGUUUGGGAGAGACGAGGAUCCUGUCUGUCUGCAACUAGAUGACAUUCUUUCUAAGACCUCUUCUGACUUGAGUAAAAUGGCUGCUAUAUAUCUGGUGGAUGUGGACCAAACUCCAGUCUAUACACACUAUUUCGACAUCAGUUACAUUCCAUCUACUGUGUUUUUCUUCAAUGGGCAGCAUAUGAAAGUGGAUUAUGGGUCUCCAGAUCACACUAAAUUUGUGGGAAGUUUCAAAACCAAACAAGACUUCAUAGAUUUGAUUGAAGUAAUUUAUCGAGGAGCAAUGAGGGGAAAACUUAUUGUCCAAAGUCCAAUUGAUCCCAAGAAUAUUCCCAAAUAUGAUCUUCUCUAUCAAGACAUUUAGCACAUUAACUGCCGCCAAAGCUGAAGAGAAAGUCCCAUCUCGAAACGGUACGCGAAGGCAGCUGUGCUGUUUUCCGGAUCCUUUGGAAAGGUGCUCAGCGUCCCAGUGGAGAGAGGUUUGACUCGUAUAGAAAAUACUGGCCUGAGUGGAAGACCCGCGGGACUGUGAUGGCCUGGGGAGCCUAAGUGUUUAUUCCCCACAAACGUCAGAGCAGUCGAGUCAACUGUGGUCAAUUUCCCUGCAUGAUUUGUUUGACUUUUCUUUAUAUUGUGCUUUUUUUUAUCUCUUAACAUAAUACAGAAUUUUCCUAAACAUUGGCUAGAACAAUUUGAUUUAACUAUAUUUAUUUAACGCACAAGUAAAUUGGAAAGAGCAAAAAUACUUAUUUUCUACUCUAUAUGUACAUACACACACCUCUUUCUCACCCUCAACCUUGCCCAUUCCUCCACCCACAUAUUUCUAUUACUCAUGCUCUCCGAUCUCCAGUCCUAAUUAUCCCAGUUUCUCUUGGAAUGAGUAAUUCUCCACUGAUAGCAGGCAAGUUUGUUUUAUUUUGGAGCCUUCCUGGUUCACACUUCGAAAACAGUGUCCUGGUUUGCAAAUUUACUAGCUUUUGUGCUAUUAAAUUACCCAGGAAGUGAGACUUGAACCUUUACCAUCCAGCACCCAAUUUGAGCUAAACAAAGAAUUAACUACCCUUAGCAAGUAGGAACAGAGCUCUCCCAGAAGUCAGAGUUCCACCUCUUCCUGAGACAAAACUGCUUCAAGGGCUCAUGACUAGAAAGAGUGAGAGGAUCAGAAUUGUUAGAAAGCGUAGGGGCUGCUUUCCCCACUUGGAAGAAACCUACUCUCUACAGGAGUCUGCAUUCUUGUCGUAUUUAGCUUGUUAAUACUAAUAAAGGAAGAGAGCCAAAGGGAAGCCAGACAUUGGAAGCAUGGUCAUCUGGGCAGCUUUGCCAGGAAACUACAGGUUCACGCUCCCCAGGGAACCACCAUGCCAUUCCCUGCAGAUCACGGGAAAGGAUCAAACAAAAGGGGAGGUGGACAGACAAAGGGGGAGAUGGGCGCCUGUGCAGUGAAGUCGGUGAUGUAGGGGAGGUACUUAUCUGUCAGUCCAGCCUGGGGAGCAAUGGAUUGGCUAGGAGGGUGGAGCCACCACAAGUGCACAAAAUCUUGGAAGGUUAAAAUCCCCAAAGAGUUCCUUCUCUCUUGCUCUUGCUUGCUCUCUUGCUCCAUGACCCACGCUUGCCCGUGCCUUCGCCUGUUCGCUCUCCAUUGCUGUGGCCUUAAGCAGCUGAGUGGCCUCUGGCUAUGCAGAUUCGCACACAGCGGACUACAGCUAGGAGCUCAAGCUAAGCAAGCCGGAUGCUGGACUGGACUUUAAUAUGGAGCAGGAACUCUGGUCAGCGGCCUUCAUUCUGGCCCUGCUGAAGACAAGAUUGGACUUCUUCCACGGCGAGACGGACAGAGAUGGGACCUUGGAGGAGAACCCCCUUAAUUUUACAUCAUUAAUACAGCUUUCCAGGAAACCUCAUCCUCUCGCAGGGACCUCAGGAAAUUUUUUCCUCGCAGCACCCCAAGAACUCCACUGCCACCGAUAACAAACGCAAGCCAUCUGAGUUUUCCAUUUCACAAAGAAAUGCUCUUCAGGGACUCCCAUAAGAAAGAUUCCAGAACCCUUUCAGACAGGAAGCUCUUUUUCUAACUGAACUCUUCUGCUAUAAACCUUUAGUACAUCGCCCAGCCAGCAUGGCUCAGUGGUUGAACGUCGACUAGGAGAUAACAGUUCGAUUCCUGGUCACGACAAAUAACCAAGUUUCGGGCCGAUCCCCAGUGCGGGCACACAGGAGGCAGCCGAUAAAUGAUUCUCUCUCAUCAUUGAUGAUUCUGUCUCUCCCUCCCUCUCUGAAAUCAAUAAAAAUAUUUUUUAAAAAAAUAAGGAUGCAGCAAGGAGCUCAGCGUUUGUAUUCAGACAGACCUAGAUUCAAGGUUCGACCUUGCUACUUAAUAGCUGUAUAACCUUAAGCAAAUCGCGUAACUUCUCAGAGUCUGUGUUCCCUGUCUGUAAAACAAGGGUAAUGAUGACCUUUCUGAGAGCUGCCUCAGUAGGCACUCUGUCAGUGAGUGUGACCGGCAGUGGGACAGUUUGUACCACCAUAGGGCUUUCCAGUCGGCCUGCAGUGUUUUCUGACACAUUCCCAGUACACGCUGUGCCACUUGGCUGCUGCUGUACCAUAAAGGAAAGGAUAAAAAGGUCCAAGCCCCCCGGCCCCCAAAAAAGAAAAAAAAAACACAGAAAUGAGUGAAAAGAAAGCUCUUUAUUGUUUGCCUUAGACAUGCAGGGCUGGAGCCCAUCGGUUUCACACCAGCUUUUAUCCCUCCACCCACAUCCAGUUUCCCCUCUUCCAGAGUGAAAUCUAGCACACGUUAGUUGUCGGCCGUGGUUUUCUGAAUCCAGUCCAGGAUGGAGUGCACCUUCACAUACACACCGUACUCGGCCACACUACAGCUCUU